UUUAGUUCACUCCAAAAUACCAUGUUUAAUGCUGAGUGAACGUAUUACAAACCAAGUGCUGGUCAUGGGUUAAUGUUAACCAAAAGUCGAAUAUCUCUGUUUACUCAUUAUUAUAGGAUGUUGUUGAUGGUGAUUUUAAAAUCAUGUCAUAACUUUGCUAACCUUCACUCAGAAAUACACCAUAUUACUGAAGUGAAGUCUUGAAUGGCAAUUUGCUGUUGACUUUAAAGCCUGUGUUUUGUUUCAUUGCACAUAUUAUAGUAGUGCUGGUUACUUUUUCUUAAUCAGCCGUCAUUAUUAUAUGUCAAAGUCAUUUCUACAUGAUUUUCAAUGAGUAAAUGUCGGAUUGCAAUAGUCAAGGUGUGGGGAUUUGACUCCGGCUGCUGGGUUCAUUUAAAUGACCACAGUCAUUAGAAGUCCAUGUGGUUUGGCUUUGAUGAGAGCUUUCAUGCGUUGAUACAUGCUUGGGGGAGUGCUUGGCAAACGUAUAAUCGGAUGACACAUCAAAACAUCGCACAGCCGGAGAAGAGGGCCAGCUCAGCUUAUUAACCUCAGGCUAUUAGUUUCCAAAUACUGUUUUUCUUUUUAAAAUCCUCCCAGAUUUUAAUCAGUCUGAUGUUUUGGAUCUUUUCUCAUUUGAACUGUUUUGACAAAGACGGUCCGUUUCUGACAUGCGGCUCUUCCAAAGUUGGAAGCAAAACAUAUAUAAGAGUGCUUUUAACCCCUCUCCUCACAAGCGCUGUGGUUGUUUGUGCAGGAGUGGCUAAUAGGCAGUCAGUGACUCCCAUUAAAGGGAUGGAUGUCGUGCAGGUGAAAAGGAGAUUGUCGGAAGAGAGAGGGAGAGCGUCUCUUUCUCGCACUCUGGCCUGAAGCCCAUCACUCGGCGGUGAUCGGUCUCCUCUCUGGCUCCGGUUGCCGGCUGUCACGGCCUCUGCUCUCUGGAUGGCGUCUGAUGAGAAGUAGCAGCCAUGUUUUAUAAUCAAUCCACGACCUAAUAGGUCACGAAUGAGCGCGUCCGGCUUGCCAAUAGCGUUUUGGGUGGUAGCGGAGGCAUUACGACUGUAUCAGAAAGGCCUGUUUUGCUGGGUUUUGCACGACCAGCCUUUCCACAGAAACUUGCUAAUUGACAUUGUUCUACUUAGCCAAGAGAAUGGCCAACCCCAAAGAGCCAGAUCCUUUUAGUCAAUUCAUUUACGCUCCAUACCACAUCUUAAUAAGGGCCGAAUCAUCAUGAAAAUUUCAAGAGUGCGCAAUGAGAGGCUAACUAGGAUGGUUUGAGGGGAAAUUUAACUAGCUUUUGCUUUUCCCCCCCUGUUAACUGCCAAAGGGUUGAGCAAAACUACUUCAGAGGAGUGCAUGCACCCAGAGAAAAUAUUUGAUACAAAUGGUUUAUAAUUUAUCAUAUGUACUUGGUCUGGCCUUUCUGCAGGAAACUCUAGAUAGUCAAAAAUGAACUAAUCUUGACUUGCCCUAAAUAGUUUUUCUUUGAGGUAAAAGGAAAUAAACAACAUUACUUUGAAGUUUCCUCUUAAGAACAUUUCACGCUAAUUUGAAACAAAAAAAAAAAUAUUACAUUUGAUCAACGCAAUGUAAAAGCAGGCUGUUUGAUGCUUUUGAUUGUCUGGUUCUUUUGAUUGGCAUAUUUGUGAGCUUGUGGUUUGAAGUCAUAAUAAUAGAGUUUUUUAGGAACUUUCUGAUGUUUUCUAUUUCUAAUCAGCCAUACAUGCUCAAAACAGUGUACAUAUUUUAAGGAUCAGUUGUUUUUACUGAACUUCAUUUUUCUUCAUCCUGUGUGUUUAGAUGCAAAGUGUGACCCGAAUCACCGCUUGACCUGAUAUGCUAGUUGAAGCGUAGCUAAAUGUCACACAUGUCACAGCCCCUUAGCAUCAAAAAAUAACUAACAGUAAGUGCAGAAAACCUUUUGUCAACGUUUGCUUUGGUAAAUAAAAAUAUCCCCAUUAAAAAAGCUAAAUUGCAUAAGCUAAAAAGUCCAUACUGCAGGUGGCUAAUAAGCUCAAUAAGCUACCCUGGUGAAAACGGCCUGUGUUUAUCUUUAGGAAAUGCAUCAAAGCAAAAGUCGGGGUUUCACUAUUUACCAUCUGCUAAAAUGCUAGUGUGGGUACUGUGCAAUAAGAUUGCAAUAGUUUGGAUCCUAUUACUGUGUAAAUUGCAUGUGGUAUUUUUAGCGUAAUAAAUGGUUUCUGGACAUGGUCUCUGUCAAUACUCUCAGUUUGCACUAAAAGAAGAUCACCAGGCCUAACUGUCUUCCUAAAGACUGAUAAUGAGGUGAUUUUAUCACUCAGACAUAAAAACAUACAACAUGUGCUAAUUUUAUUAGGUUCUCAAGACAUCUUUGUGUUUAUGUCCUGUUUUUCACCAUUUAUGUUCAAUGCAUGUUGCGUGCAAAUCUUUGAUCAAACUGCGUUUAUGUUUUAGGAAAUGCACUAGGCAUGAUUACUGUGCAAUAAGAUUACAAUAGGUUACUGUGUGUUAUUACUGUGUGAAUUGCACGUGGUAUUUUUAGCGUAAUAAAAGGUUUCUGGAUAUUCUCCGCUUUGCCUGUCUCCCUCGAUACUCUUGGUUUGCACUAACAAAAAGAUCACCAGGCCUAAUGGUCUUCCUAAAGGCUGAUAAUUUGGUGAUUUUAUCACUCAGACAUAAAAACACGUAUGUGAUACAGUAUGUGAUAAUUUUACAAGGUUCUCAAAACAACUUAGGGCCCUAGUUUAACGAUCUAAGCUCAUGGUCUGAAGCUCAUGGCGCAGGUGCACUUAGGGCGUGUCUGAAUCCACUUUUGCUAGUUUAACGACGGAAAAAAUGGUCCAAAAGGAUUGUACCUAGUCUCUUAAUGAGUCAUGGGUGUGUUUUGGGCGUAACGUGCAAUAAACCAAUCAGAGUGUCAUAUCCCAUUCCUUUUAAAAGCCAGGUGCGCUUGCGCCAUGGUGGAUUGCUAUUUACAUGGAGGAAUAUAGACACCCUCAACCUGACGAAUCGGUUUAAAUACAUGUGUGUUCUGCCACGAUUGGUCAAAUAAUUAGCCGAUUUCAUUCGUCAUUACUGCAAAUAGGUACAUGCAAUGACUAUCCAUUAUGACAUGUAGGCAUUUUUAUCUUCAUGUACACAAUAAUAAUACUUACAUUGUAAUCCUUUUAUUUUUAAUAUUUGUCAUGUAACAAGCAGAGUGUAAGUGCGUUGUACACCCGUCUAUAGGCGUAUAUAACUAACGCGCCCUUUAAAUAAGAAAGAAAAUAAAUAAAUACUGUGCCAUUGACUUUAGAGCAGGUUUUUGUUGGUUAAAUGCGCAGUCGUUUUCAGUUGUCUCAAAAUAGCAACAUGCCAACAAUGCGCCUGAACACACCUCGUUUUCAGACAAGCACGCCCAUGGGCGAACAGAUGGCCGCGAGUGCGUUUGCUAUUUAAACAACAUGGGUGUUGGACGUGAAAAUGAUAUCUGCGUCGGGCUGACACUAGCAUAAAACACGUAUCGUGCCUGGCGUCACAUUGUGCCGAGUGUAUGAUUGGGUUCUAAGUCCUGUUUUUCACCAUUUAUGCUCACAGUGUUAAUGCAUGGUGUUCAUGCAAAGCUUUAUUCAAACCGCCUGUGUUUAUCUUCAGGAAAUGCACUAGGCAUGAUCAAAGCAAACGCCGUGGUUUCACUAUUUACCAUCUGCUAAAAUGCUGGUGUGGGUACUGUGCAAUAAGAUUGCAAUAGAUUGGAUCCUAUUAGUGUGUAAGUUGCAUGUGGUAUUUUUAGCAUGAUAAUGAAAGCAUUCAAAUGGCUUCACCAGGCCUAACUGUCUUCCUAAAGGCUGAUAAUGAGGUGAUUGUAUCACUCAGACAUAAAAUAUGCUGUACAUGUGCUAAUUUUAGCAGGUUCUCAAGACAUCUUUGUGUUUAUGUCCUGUUUUUCAGCAUUUAUGUUCACAGUGUUAAUGCAUAUUGCUGUCAGUUGUUCAUGCAACUCUUUAUUCCCUUUUCCUGACCGCUAGUGUUUAAUUUUUCACCCUCUUUAGAAGGUCGUUUCUGUUUCAAGAUGUUUCAGUAAGGACGUCUUAGCUAGACGACGCAAACUGCACGUUGGCCUUCCUCCAGACAUGAACCAGCGGCAACCGUCUGCCAAAGGUUAAACAACCAAUAUCCUGAAGGGCCUUUCUUGGCCCACGCUCGUCCGCAGGAGCUGUAAUCUUUUAGCCUUGAGGUUGUGACAUUUCAGCCAUGCUAAAUGUUGUUGUUUUUCUCUUAUUCUGAAAGCCUCGAAGACCAUUAAUCAUUUCCUCUGCCCAACGGCGCUUUGGCUGAUGCACAAAAGGGCCAUAGCUUAUCUUCACCUUCUUGACCAGUGUUUGUUUUAAGCAUUAGGGUUGCCGCUCUAAUGGAUUGAAUUAAUUGAUUAAUACUUUUAUCCAAUUAGUGCUCCCUCAUGCAAUUAAUCAGAUAGCCCCCAGUGUAAGGCGCCUGCCGUGGGCCGCAGCUUGGCAGACAGAUGCUUUGGGCUCAGGUUCAUGAUAUAUAAACCUCCCUUUUUCCUUUUCCAACCACACCUGGCUCCCUAACACAGAAGACAUUGCUCUUGGGCUUAACACAUUAUCCAGAUUCUUGCUGAGUACAAAGUUUCUGCCUUCAGAAAUGCUUUUCAGGUAGAUCACCUAAAUGAAGGUCUGUUUUCUUGCUGCGGUUCUGUUGAAUCCGAGAGAAAGUCAAAGAGUUUAGUUCUGCAACCACUUUAAAGUCAUUUUGUGUGUCGGAGAGGACUGCGAAUUCACUGUGGCAUGUAUUGAAUUAUGUAUUUGUUUAACAAGAAUGAGAACGCCAUAACAAGAAGCCAAGAAUCGAUACAGUUUGUUUCACUAUUGAUUAUUGCAACUGGGAAAAGCUGCAUAGCCAUUUAAAUAUGCUAUUUUGCUUCUCUAAUCAAUUACCUUUGCUCUGUUACAGGUGAUCAGUUGCUGAGGUCGACAUGAACGCAUCAAUGUCAAACUCUCAAACCUGCAACCCCUGGAUCUCGGCAUCUAGAUUGUGAUAAUGAUGCCUCCGACUUUAAGUAACGUCUUGCACCAUGACAUUUGAGGAUUGCUUUUUUGUCUUUUUUGGAUGUGAAGUGUUCAUACAUGAAAAUGAAAAGGUAUAGAGGAAAUUGUUGGAUUACACCCUUUUUGUUAAUGCCGCUAGCCUGGAGUGUUAAUUAAUUUCCGGACUCACAAUGGGAUUGCCAAGACUGAACCAGAAAAUCUUUUUUUUUGACAUGCCAGUAGCUUUUAGUUUGCAGUAGCUGUUCAGCUGUUCAACAGAAAUUAGACUUCAAUGGCUUUGUGAUUGGUACCCCGUCAUUGAGAAACCCAACACAGAUUUUGAAUCGGAGGAGCUAUAGCUGUGUAUCACCGAGACUGCCUCAUCUUCUCAAGAAAGAUUCCUCUUAAAUGCCCUCUUGAGGACCUAGUGGCCUCUCCGAUUGGAAAAAAUGACCAGAAACCUAUUGGAUUUGUAGUUUCAGCGAGCAGCGGCGAACUCUUGUUUACCUUCCUCAACUCCAGAGUCAAGGAGCUUUUCUCAAGUAAUCAGGCGGUUGAGAAGAAAAGAACGAUUUUCUAACUUUUGCCCCAUGUAGAGACAAGAAAGUUUUCAAGCAUGGCUCCCCACUGGAGAGGAGGAGCUCAGGUUUUGGCAGUGACUCUGGGAAUUUUGCAGUGCUGUGGAUGGCUGUCCGGUCAGACCAUAAGGACUAGUGUUGGGAUGAUGAAAAGAGGUUCUGAGCAAUGGUCGAUGUCUCAUGAAAGGGUGAAGAGGGGAUGGGUUUGGAAUCAGUUCUUCGUUGUGGAGGAAUACACCGGGACAGAGCCGCUUUAUGUCGGAAAGAUCCAUUCAGACUCUGAUGAAGGGGACGGAUCUAUUAAGUACACUAUCUCUGGAGAGGGAGCAGGGACUAUAUUCAUCAUAGACGAGGUCACCGGUGACAUUCACGCCACGGAGAGAUUAGACCGCGAGGAGAAGACCUUCUACACCUUGAGAGCUCAAGCGCGAGACCGUCUGACUGACGCACCGCUUGAACCCGAGUCAGAGUUUGUCAUCAAAGUCCAGGACAUCAACGACAGCGAGCCCAAGUUUCUAGAAGGUCCCUACAUCGGGAGUGUGGCAGAACUCUCUCCUAUUGGUACAUCAGUGAUGAAGGUUAUGGCCUCAGACGCUGAUGACCCGACUUAUGGAAGCAGCGCUCGGAUAGUUUACAGCGUUCUGGACGGAGAGAGAUUCUUUACAGUUGACCGACAAACCGGAGUGAUCCGGACAGCCGUGGCGGAUCUCGAUCGGGAGACGCAAGACCGUUAUGAGCUGGUUGUCAAGGCAACGGAUAUGGCAGGCCAAAUGGGUGGUCUCUCUGGUUCGACCACGGUGACCAUAGUGAUCACGGAUGUUAAUGACAACCCUCCACGAUUCCCUCAAAAGAUGUAUCAGUUUUCGGUCUCUGAGGGUGCAGCCGUUGGGACGCCGAUUGGCCGGGUGAUCGCAACAGAUGCAGACAUGGGCGAGAAUACGGAUAUGAGUUACCUGAUCAAAGACGAGGAGGGGGGAGAGCUGUUCAGAGUCUCAACCGAUGGAGACACACAAGAGGCUGUCAUCACCAUCAAAAAGCCUCUAGACUUUGAGAACAAACACACACAUAAUGUGGUCGUAGAGGCUGUUAACAAACACGUGGACCCUCGUUUCGUGGAUCUCGGGUCUUUCCGGGACCAAACCAUUGUGAGGGUCAGUGUGUCAGAUGUGGAUGAGCCUCCCAUCUUCAUCCCUCUGACUGGCACCAUCAUGGAGGUUCAGGAAGAUGCUCGGUUGGGUGCGCUGGUUGGAAUUGUGACUGCAAAAGAUCCGGAUAUGGAUAACGUCCCCGUCAGGUUCUCUAUAGACCGGAGCACAGACCAGGAGCAGAUCUUUAACAUCGAUCCUGUAACAGGUGCUAUCACUCUGGGAAAGAUCCUGGACCGCGAGACUGCCGGCUGGCACAACAUCACGGUUACAGCAGUGGAAGCAGAUAACCAGUCCAUGGCGUCUCAGACGGCGGUGAGCAUCCGCAUCCUGGACGUGAACGACAACCCUCCCGAACUCGCGACUCCUUACGAAGCUUCAAUCUGCGAGGAUGCCAAACCUGGCCAGCUCAUUCACACCAUUAGUGUGGUGGACAGGGAUGAACCGCAGUCUGGACAUCGAUUCUACUUCACGCUGGCACCCGAGGCCUCCAACAACCGCCACUUUACACUAUGGGACAUCAAGGACAACACAGCUGGCAUUAGGACGCAGCGGUCUGGAUUCAACCGUCAGGAGCAGAACGUGUACCUGUUGCCCAUUCUGGUGGUGGACAGCGGCCCUCCGGCCCUCAGCAGCACGGGCACGCUCACCAUCCACGUGUGCGGCUGUGACACGGACGGAGCCAUUCAGUCCUGCAAUGCCACAGCCUACGUCAUGUCCGCUGCGCUCAGCCCCGGCGCUCUCAUCGCACUGCUGGUGUGCAUCCUCAUUCUCAUAGUCCUGGUGCUGCUGAUCUUGACCCUCAAGCGUCACAGGAAGGGCCAGCGCAUGUCUGAAGACGAGGAGGACAUGCGCGACAACGUCAUCAAAUACAACGACGAGGGCGGCGGUGAGCAAGACACCCAGGCGUACGACAUGAGCGCCCUGCGCAGCCUCUACGAUUUUCCAGAAGUCAAAAGCUCAGAUUCAGGCCCGGACCUGCGCUCCGUCCCUCAGUGGAUCCAAAACAGAGUGGUAGGAGACGGCGGGCCGGCUGACUUCUCGGUUUUCAAAGGCUACAUACGCAAGAAGGUCGAGCAGGCGGACGCGGACUUAACGGUGCCGCCUUACGACUCGUUCCAGACUUACGCUUUCGAGGGCAGCAGCUCGCCGGCUCUCUCGCUAAGCUCCAUCCGUACGUUGUCCACCACAUCAGAGCAGGACUUUUCAUACCUCAGCGAUUGGGGACCACGCUUCAGGCAGCUGGCUGGAUACUACGCCCCAGCCCAAGCUGAAGAAGAGGGGUCCUAGCACGCUCUCGGAGGCCCUUACAUCCUGGUCCUGGAGUCAUUUUUUCUCCCUGCCGCUUUUGCCCACAGUUCCGCAGUGACGCUUUUUUUGGUUCCCAGUCAGUCCAGAGAGUUUUAAUGUCACCCGUUACACUUUGCAAAGUGACUUCUUGUCUUGUGGAAAAGUUCAGGACAAAUAUUGAAGGAGAAGAGCAGUAAGCCGGGUGCUGGGCAAACCUCCAACAUCUUCUCACCUGUCAGCGAGAGCAAGAAGAAGCGGGGCCGUGCCAUAUGCACUACACAAGACACUCAUUGUUUCAGUUUUUUUUGUGAUUUCUUUGCCCAUCUGUGGAAAUAAGGACUUUAACUCACUGGGAUCUGGACGAAGACAAUGGAAAUGUCUUUUUAAAUACCAACAUUUAAAAAACCUUAAAUAAAUAUGUAUUUAUUUAAAGAAAAACGAACAAACAAAAAAAGUAAAACAAUAUUUAUGUAUUUAUUGCUUUCUAUUUAUUUAUUUAUUCAUCCUGGCAAUGGACUGAAAUACAAAAAAUGGACAUAAUUUUUGAAGAAUAUUGAAGUUGUCAGGAUGACGGACAAAGACUGAAUAACCUGUGGGUAAAAAAAGACAAGGUUGACCGAAAAAAAAAAAAAAAAAGAGUUGGGGUGGGAUUGUUGAAGGGAGUUUGCAAACUAUCAGCAACAGUAAAUCAGUCUUGAAAAUAUUUGUAUUUAUUUUUUAGAAACUCUUUUUGUAAAAUACGAACCGUUUCAGGUGGAGAAAAGUAACGGCUGUGAUGGGGUGAAUCUCACGAAAACAUGUCCAGGUCAUGCUUCAUCUAAAUCAAGAGAAUAAAAUAAGAAAAUACAUUUUGUGUAAAGAUAAUGAAGUCUGUUUUGAGGAUUUGAGGUUUGUGACAUUGUGUUUAUGGAAAUCAAGCACAUUUUCCCUGAAAAAUCUAAUACCUUUUUCAAUUUACACACUUUAAAAAAUAAUUGUUGGUUUAACUUAAAAAAGUAAGUUACCUGGUUGCCUUAAAAUUUUGAGUUCAUUGAAAUUAAAAAUUUGAGUUAAUACAAUGAAGGCGAUUGGUUUAAUCAACAGAAACUCAAAAUAUUAUGUUAUCUGAACCACAUUAAUUGAUUUGACAAAAGAAAAACUGUGAUAACAAAUCAUGAAAAUAUUUUUUUUUACAGUGCAGAGUUUAUUGCAUUAAUGAGAAUUUGGGGAAAAUGUGCUUAAUUGUCACAAAAAUAAUGUCACUAUAUAAAUAGGCUUCAUUUACUUUCUGCAAAAUAUAACUAAAUAUUUCUUUCUUUGAUUCUGAAGUGAAAUAAUUCCUCGACAGGUUUCGUGAGCAUUGGUUUUGUCUUGUCAUACAUUUUGUGUGUUGUGUUGCUUUUUGACUAAUUAUCCAGAUCCCUUGUUGUGGAAGUUGCGUUUGGCAUUGAAUCUUUCCUGUGGAGGCAGUUUUCAAGUGGAAAUUUCAAAGACAACAUGGCACAAUACACGACAAGAAACAAAAGAAGCCAUCCGACAGGUUCUUUAUCAAUUAUUUUUCAGAUAUCCCAAGAUAUACAUGUUCAUUGAUGAUUUGUAUGUGUGCCAACAAGACGUUUCCAGAUUGCUUUUCUUGGGUGAUUCGAUUGUUUUUUGCUCAUUCUGUGUUGGGUUGAGGCUGAUGAACUAGAGCGAUUGCAUCGAGUCGGGGUGCAGCGGUCGUGUUUUCCCCCAAACCAGCACCCUUAAAUGUCCACCCAGAAAUGCAGAUGUAUGGCUGAAAAUACAACUGAAAUCAUCAAUAAAUAUUUACGGUUUUUCAAG